CGUUACGUCUUCGAGAUCUGGACGGACACGCCCUCCCCCCUCUCCCCUCGCCGACCUCUUCGCUGCCGUCGAGAUCCGCUCCUCCCAGCCUCCCCGCCGCGGCCGGAGAGGGUUGGUAAUGCUAUCGAGCUACGUUCGAUCUGCAGGCGAGCAGCGCGGUGCGGCAGUUUCGUGGGUGAUGGGGCGGAUGGGGAGCGACGCGCAGUUCCACGACGACCGCGACCGACCGACGACGCCUCCGUAGACUCCCGAUUCGGCGCCGACAGGUCGACGCGCUCUUCCCGCAGGUGGUCAAGAAUGGGGCGGCGGUGGAGUUCGUCUACCUCUAACUGCUCCGAGACACGGAGAAGCGAGCCAACCUUUUCCUGGUAACUGAGCCAGGUCGGAGUAAUCACGUACGUGAGCUCAACUACUGUUGGUCCAGCUAGAUUCAUGCGGUCAUUGCAUGUUUGAUCGGAGAAACAAUAUCUUCUUUUGGUGCCAGAAUAAAGCUCUCCUUUCCAUUAGCAUAUUCAAGAAUGAUUUAUCACACAUAAAGAAAUGUGUCAGGGAUCCAUCGCCAUAUGUUAGGAAAUGUGCGGCAUAUUCAUGUGCUCUGCAACUUGCUUCCAGAGGAAGACACAACUUUGGAGGAGAUAGUGAACAUUCCCCUCGAGUAGUGGGAGCUGCUGCUGUUGCAUUUAGGUCGGCUUGUCUGAAUCGACGGCCUCAGACUCCAGCCGAUGCAGUCGCGACCCUGCCUCUAGAUCAGCUCGCCAACCAACCAGUUGCUGCUGUCUUCAAUCAGUCCCCGCCAUCCCCGACAACCUCCGGCCGUCAUCAGCAUCAUGCUCCAGCCACCACUCAUCUUCUACCCUGUUCAUGUACUACAAUGUCCGCCAUACACCUCAUGCACCAAACCUAGUGGAUUGAGUACAGCCUCGAUGGCUCAUGGACCACACACUCCUGGCUUGCUUCCAGAUGCUUCGUAGUUCAUCACCCACACAGGUAGCUCCCAUGAAGCUAUGACUCGACACAUGCAACCAGUGGGUAUGUUCGUGAGAUGCAGAUGAAUGACUCAAAUUUCCGUUCACUAUUUGAUGACCACAUCAAUUCAUUGCUAGUUACUACAAAAACAUUUCGACGAUGGUAUUGCGAAAGCUGCAGGCAUAAAUUGGAACCAUUACAUAAUAAUACCAGCACACCAGCUAGAAUGUUGAAUGAAUUUGCACGAGGACUAAAACAUGAUGUCCGCAAGGAAUUAUCGCAAGAGACGGGUUCGGAGGAAUGUCGUUCACCUUCCUACAAUAUAGAAUCCAUGAAAGUAGAUCGAGUUGUAAAUGAUUCAUAUGAGUCAACACCGAUUAAUCGGAGGAACGGUGCUACAAAAUGUCAUUCACCAGUGUUGAAAACCUACAAGAGAAGGAAGAACACCAAAGUGCACGAAGUUAUAAAUAAUAGUUCUUUUGUGGAAUAUCAAGAUACCUCUAGCAUGGCUUCAACUUUUGCCCAUGCAUUACCGUCUUCGAGCAGUUAUAACUCGGAAAAGGCAGCACAAAUAAGUAUUGAACCUCGGAACCAGAGUGCAUUAAAUCUGAUCCAGGUAAAUGGUUUCCGAUCCAUAUUAGAAACAAAGGCAGGAAAUAUGUCCGAUCCAAGAAUGUCAGGACCUUCGACGGGUUACUAUACAAGUGACCAUAUGCAGGGAAGACAUCUUCAUGGAUCAGUAGACUUGUGGAAGCACACAUGCUUCACACAAUGUGAAGUGUCUACAGGGAACAUGCCAAGCCGUUGUCUACUUCCUAAUUCAUACCAUCUGCAUGAUCAGUAUGAUGUAGAAAAUUUCAUAUGGUACAGAGACAGCAACAUCAUCAAUGAAAGUUGUGCACCGAUCAUGGAUAUUUCUGCAAAGUAUCAACAUCCACAUUGUCCGAGUAAACCAUUUCGCCCUGUUCCUAGGAUUGGUGUGCUCAGUCCCAUGUUGCAGAAAGAAGUCACAACAUAUUCGGAGAGCUGUGGAACACAGUCUGGCUACCGACUAGGCAUGUCUGAGGAGGAAAUGCCUUGCCAGAUGUACAGAGGGGAAAACUCGGCAUCAAGCUCACAAAAAUUCUAGGCAACGUACAACCCCCAACAUUUGGGUUAUGUCAACUCUGUUGGAAUACCAGAACUUCUGCCAGAGAGGGAGAAUUCACAUUCAAGCAAAGGCAAAAGCAAAAUGGUAUAUUCUUCGGAUAAGUCUGCACAACAGGAUAUAUGUGCUCAGGCUCUGUCUCUCUCUGGUGUGGCCACAAAUGCUGCAACUCGUGGAAGGAGUUGAAAGUUACAUGGACCUUGCAUGUGCCUUAACCUGUCAACUGCAUAAUCUUUUUUGUUUGAAAGCGCAUACAUGUUUUUGGUUGUCUUGUCAAGUUGUGUGGAAGGAGUUGGAUUAUCACCAUAGUAUGAGUUGGUUGUCUUGUACUCUAAUAUUUUGACAUGUAAUGUCUCGGAGUUGGAUACCAAACGUGGGCCGUUGAAUAAGUGUAAUUUGUACACCUGU